CAUGUCUCAAACGCCUAAUUGAACUUACAAGCCUCUGGAAUUGGCUACUACUUUUGUGCCUUUACCUCGGUGAGCUUCCCAAUGUAGAAACGCUGAUUGGGUCACAUCCUAUUCGAGGGAAUACGACCCCGUCAUCAAUACAAGCAUACUGUGUAACUAAACAUAUUCCUACUUACAUGUAUCCUUAUUAUAUGAGCCGCUCCUUGACCAAUCAAUAGCUGUAUCGUUUAUAGCUGUAUCGUUUAUACGACUCUGCUUACAUAGCUCCCAGCUGCCUCGCAACUAGGUACAAAAGCUACUCUCAAAGCUUCAUCUCAUUCCAACUUAGAGCUUAGAUCUACCUCAAGUACCAAACCGCUCAACGACACAUGACAGACAUAGACGGGUACUACAUUCUUCACUUUCGUUGAUCUGCACUCAGGUUAUAUCAUAAACCCUAAUUGCCCUCUCGCCACCUCUCACAGCCCAAAAUGGGAGAUAUCAAUAUUGUCGAGGGCACAUUCGAGGUCGACGGCGUAAGCCUACACACCAAGUCCUGGCUCCCCUCCAGCCCGCCCAGAGCAAAACUCGUCGCCGUCCACGGGUUCAGCGACCACAUCGACCGGUACUACGAGCUCUUCCCGUCCCUAGCGCGCCGCGGCAUCGCCGUCCUGGGCUUCGACCAGCGCGGCUGGGGCAAAAGCGUGCGCCGCGCCGCGGACCGCGGACGCACCGGGCCCACGGGCACCGUGCUAGCGGAUCUCGCGGCCUUCAUCCGCGAGAAAGCGUUGAGCCCGCCUUCCUCCUCCUCUGCCCCUGCAGACGAGGCGGUCCCGGUGUUCGUGCUCGGCCACUCCAUGGGCGGCGGCGAGAUCCUCGCUCUGGCCAGCACACCCGCGUUCGACGACGUGGUGGCCCGCGUGCGCGGGUGGAUCCUCGAGGCGCCGUUCCUGGGGUUUGCGCCGGCGGUCCAGCCGAACCGGCUGACGAUCGCGUCGGGACGUCUGGCGGCGCGCGUCGUGCCCAACUUCACGCUCAUGCGGCCGGUGCCGCCGGCGCAUCUGUGUCGCGACCCGGCGGUGCAGGAGAGUCUGGCGGCGGACCCGCUGCUGCACUACACGGGCACGCUGGAGGGGCUGGUUGGCAUGAUUGACCGCGCCGAGGCGCUGGCGUCGGGGAGGCUGCGGCUGCGGCCGCGCGUGCGCGCUGUGUUCCUGACACACGGCACCGCGGAUAUGGUGACGAGUUAUGACCGCGUGCGGGAGUGGUGGGAGCGGCAGGGGAAGACGGUGGAGGAUGGGAAGUUUAAGUCGUACGAGGGUUGGGCGCACCAGUUACACGCUGAUCCCGGGAAGGAGGAGUUCUAUCAAGAUGUGGGGGAUUGGAUACUGGAGAGGUCUGGUAGUGACGAUAGGAGAAGCAGGCCUGAGUCUAAGUUGUGAUGGGCUAAAAAAAAAAAGGGGGGGGGGGAGAAAGGUGACGAUGGUAGAGGAUAGUUUAUGGGGGCUGGUUACGAAGCUGAAUGCAGAGCACCAUCACGACCAUUAUAUUAUCGUGCAUGGCUGAGGACGAGUAUGUAUAUAAAAUAAGACGAUUAACUAUUUGAGAAGUAGAUAUGGUAGAUAGGCGUACGGGUACACUAGAUCCUCUUGUUUUGUUUCCAUAGGAUGUAUAAUAUUCAUCUAGAUAGGUAGGUACCUAAUAGCACAUCAAAUAAAGUAGGUACAUAUCUAU